AUGGUCGCGCCGAGGAAUACGGCGUUUGCCGAGGACAGCGCUGAGGUGGAAGUGUUGUAUGCAAACUUGGAGAAACUCAAGCUGCUCACAAAGAAGAUUCAAGGAUCACUUGUACGCCUCGAAACCGGCGGAAAUGUCGUGAAGCAUGCUAUCGGCCCCAUAUAUAGCAACACACAAUCGCUUCAGAUUACCAACAGCAAUAUCGACAGGGUAGUUGAAGCGAUUGAGCGACUGCGACAGCCUCUAGAUGCGAAGAACCGAGAAGAGGGCAUCAUUCGGGCCGGUCCACAGAUGGACGAUCUUUCACAGUACCUGGCGGCAAUGAGGCGCGUGGACAAUGCGUUAGUAGACCUCACGUCAACAAAUUUGAAAUCGAACCAGAAGGCCAUCAGCGAAUUCACAUCUCUCUUGGGCAUUGGUAAUUCAAAGUUGCAAGACCUGCUGCGGCUCAAACUAGGCGAGCAUGUCAGCCCUAUUGAGCCACUACACUACCUGACUAAGGACCUUCCGUUCCCUUCGAUCCCGAAGGACAAGAUAGCCGAAAUCGCGCCUAUCUGUGUUGCGAUAAGCUCAGCAGCAAUCCAUACCCCGCAUCGUGGUGAGGGUGGCAGCCCUGCCCUUAGGAUCUACGCCGAUGUUAGAGGACCAUAUAUUACAACGAGCACACAAAACCUGGCCAUUGCAUCCCUCAACACGUUGAAGCGAAGAGCAGCAGAUGAGUCGCCGUAUAAGCAAGGCACUAAUGGUAUUGGGAUCUAUUCCAACGCUUUGGAGAAUUUCAUAUACGCCGAAUGGGACGCCAUAAAUCAAAUCUUUACGGGAGACCACCGGGGCCUGGCUCUGCAAAUGACCUGCCGCUCCGCGCUUGCCGAAUACUCGAAGACUCUACGGGAGCUGAAUGAGUACAUUCGCUCGAACCUCCUCACGGACUGCUUCUUGGCGUUUGAAAUCAUUGACAUCGUCACAGCCAAGUCUUACAAUAUAGAACUAAAGACGGGUGAACUUAAGAGUCUAUUCCUAGAGGCUCUGAGGCCUGUCCGGGAAACGGCCAAAUCUUCUCUUGCAGAAAUUUUGGAGGAGACAAAGCGCAGUGCUUUGGCUAUUCCUAUGCUCCCGCCAAAUGGCGCUCCCACGCCUCUUGUGGACAAGGUUAUGCAUUCCCUCAUUGAGCUGACUGGUUACCAGAAGCCUCUGGCUUCUAUUUUGACUUCUUUGGGAGACGGAAAUUGGCGCUCAACAUCCGCUUCAAUGAACACUCCUUUGGAUGUCAAUCCAGACAGCGAUGCUCUGUUCUCCCAUUUCGUCCUUGAUGUGAUCGAGACUCUCCUGAUCGCUCUGGAAUCUCGGAGUCGGAACUUGCACCGAACAAAAGCUGUUCAGGGUGUUUUCCUCUCGAACGUUUUUUGUCUCGUGGACCGUGCUAUUCGAUCGAGCCCAGAGCUAGCGAAGCUUCUCGGUUCUCCAGACAGUAUUUCCAGGAUCGACACAUUCCGCAAGCGUGCAACAUCAACUUACCUAGAUGCCUGGAAGGAGACGUCGCAUUACCUGCUCGAUGUUCAAUACACGUCUGGCAGGGGCGGAAAUCGGCCUCAGUCGAGCGGCGUCGUCGAUUCUACCGCCAUCGUCAAGUCCUUGUCGUCCCGCGACAAAGAUGCUAUUAAGGACAAGUUCAAGUCGUUCAAUGCGAGCUUUGAUGAUCUCGUUGCACGUCAUAAGUCCUUCCAUAUGGAGCGAGAAGUACGAAAUGUGCUUGCUCGCGAAGUGCAGGCGGUGCUUGAGCCGCUAUACUCUCGAUUCUACGACCGUUAUCAUGAAAUUGAUAAAGGCCGCGGUAAAUACACCAAGUAUGACAAGGGCAGCCUGGCUGCACAGCUCGCAGCCCUGCAGUAA